AUGCAUGGCUUACUUGAGAAUUUGAAGUUGAAGUUGAAGUUGAGGAAUCUCCAGGUCGAAGCAGAGAAGCUAUUGGAGUCCCUAGAAGAGAACGGAACUGGUAACCAGUGGAUUGAUGUCCUCUUUGUCUACACGAAAGAUCCAAAGCUCGACGAAGAGCAUGACAGAGUUAUCGGGGCCCCUUUGAACAUCCCAUUUGUUGCGCUUUACGACCGAUACCCAGGACAAGGGGAAGGUGACAUCCUUAUUCAAAUGGAAGAAUUUCGAAACAUCACCAAGUUGCUAUUCUAA